AUGGCCGCCGCCCGGGCCCGCCCGGCGCGGGGGGUCUCCCCGGGAGCCGCCCGGGGGCUCGGCCGCUCGCGUCGCCACGGCAACCGGCUGGAGGGGGGCGCGGGCCGCGGCUCCGAGCUCCCGGCUCGAGCAGGGCCGUCCCACAGCACAUGGCACAGGACUGCGUCCAGAACAUCUCCAGGGAGAGACACUGCACAACUUCUCUGGGCAAUAUGUUCCACUGACCGGUCACCUGCACAGUCAAGAAGUUCUUCCUCAUGUUCAGGAUCUCCAUGUCUCUCUUGUCCUGAGGAGCCCAGAACUGGACACAGCCCUCCAGAUACACUCAUCUCACUGGGGCUGAGUGGAGGGGCAGGAUCAUCUCCCUGGCCUGCUGGCAACGCUGUUCUUAUGCACCCCAGGAUCCCGCUGGCCCUGUUGGCCACAGGGGCACUGCUGGCCCAAGCCCCGAACCGUGUUCCGAGCACGGCAGGCGCGGUCAGUGCCGGAGCGGUGCGGGCCUUUGGGAGGCAGCGCCGCACCAGGAGCCGCAUCGGUGUGUCCGCCCCGACCCUGGGCGCGGCUGCACAGCCGGGCCGGGCGGCCUCGGUAGCCCACUCACAGCGAGCCGCGGUGAGGUUUGGCUGGCUCAGGAGCAGCCGAAGCGGGGCGGUGCUGACCGGACAGCUCCCGCCUGCCGCGGGGCGCCCGCACCGCCGGGCUGCCCGAGAGCGCCAUCCCGCUCCCCUGCCCGCAGAGGAGCACGGGGCUGGGAGUACCAAAUUCUUGGUGCUGAAAAAAUUAAUUGCCUUUCAGUGA